AUGAAGAUCGAUAUCACGCGCCCUUUACAGCUCUUGCAAUGGUCUUCUUACCUGGGCAUAUUGGUACUGGUUAAACUUUUCGUUAUUCUGCCCCUUGCUGCAAUUCUAUUCAAUGAUUUCUAUCUACGUCUGCUGCCACCAGAUUCAUCACAAUGGGUACCUUUGUCAACCUUCGACAUCUCGCAAGAUUCUGCAGAGAACAAUCUAGUUUACGACCAAACUAUUAACAGAGUACUUAUAGAAAGAGCUCUACCGAAGACAAUCGAUAAUGGCAUUUCGCAGAAAAUCAAUCUUCGAGAUCACAUAUUAUACAAGGUAGAUCUGGAUACCAAAUUCUAUUGUUUGCCUACUGCCCGCUCGAAGGGCCAGACGACUAAUAUUGAGGAACUUGAGAUUGAAAUUUACUCAUCGAAUAAACCGGAGUCCUUGAUAUACCGUCGAACUAUUCCCAUUGUCUGCAUGAGGCCGGAUGAUUCGAUCAAUAUUAUGGAACUUUAUAAAUUUGGGCCAUCUCGAUUGGAGCUGUUCAGAAAAGAGUGGCUGAAUCAUUUCAAAGCUCAUGAUAGAAUUUCGAUCACCUCCGAAAUGAGUUCAGUUCGUUACGUUCUGAAAGUACCAAAAUCGCACAAGCUGGUAAUUCAACCGGACUCAGGAUUUAGAUUUAGAAUGAGCUUUGAACAGGGUCUGAGGAAUGUGAUGCUGCGUUGGCACAAAUUUUCGUAUGCUGUAGGAAUUGUGAUAUUCGAUUUGGCAAUCUCUUCAUUGUUUGUUAUAACAGCAUUUUUCUCAUUCUUCCUGAUAAUGAGGAGGAGUUCUGACAAGAAGGAUGACUGA